AUGGAUCACUCAAUCCAGCGGUUGCUGAAUGAUAAGGUCUAUGACCGGCGCAAGCAAGGGGCGCUAGAACUCGAGAAAGUCGUCCGGGAUUCCGCGUUUAGAGGAGAACAUGAAGUUAUUCAGAAAAUCGUCGACCAGCUAUGCCACGACUAUGCCUAUGCAGUUCACCAGCCUCAUGCGAGAAAUGGUGGUUUAAUCGGAUUGGCUGCGGCCACGAUAGCACUGGGAUCAGAGGGCGUUGCUCCCUAUCUCAAAGAGAUCGUGCCGCCGGUACUUGCGUGCUUCUCGGACCAAGAUGCAAGGGUUAGAUACUACGCCUGCGAGAGCAUGUACAACAUCGCCAAGGUUGCGAAAGGAGAGGUUUUAUUAUUUUUCAACGAGAUAUUCGAUGCGCUAAGCAAGCUUGCCUCCGACUCUGAAUUGUCCGUCAAAAACGGAGCGGAACUACUUGACCGACUCGUGAAAGACAUCGUUUCUGAAUCAGCUGCCCACCACGUCUCUGUCCUACAGCUGUCCGAAAAGCAGACUUCUGAUGUUGAUGCUUUAGGAGAUGACCUUCCAACAGCGUUCUCGCUUCCUAAGUUCAUUCCGUUGCUGAAAGAACGAAUACAUGUUCUUAGCGCGUUUACUCGGACGUUUCUAGUGUCAUGGCUAACCUUGUUGGACACAAUUCCUGAUCUAGAGCUUGUCUCUUAUUUGCCAGAAUUCCUUGCGGGGUUGAUCAGGUUUUUGGGCGAUCCAAAUGGGGAUGUCAACGUUGCUACACAAGGUCUUCUUGACAGGUUCCUGGCGGAGGUUAAAAGGAUUGCUCGUCUAAAGAAGGGCCUUGCAGAAAGUCGCAAAGGACAAGAGAGUGACAAUAGGCGAUCGAUUACAAGCGAUACCACGAGCCUAGCCACAGAUCCGACAACCGCUGUCGACGCUGAAAGCAACGAUGUCGCAAUAGAAGAUUCCGAAGCUGAAUUUGCCGUUGAGGAAGAGGGACUGCAAACUGAUGGUGAUUGGAUCCCUGGACAAGAUGUCCAAAUCGACUAUCCAAAGAUCCUAGAUAUCCUUGUGGGAUUUGUUGAUACCUCAUUUGACGAGGAGAUGCAGCUGACUGCUUUACGUUGGAUUGAUAGCUUUUUUGAAAUCAGCCCAGAAGAUAUUCUUCCUUUCGUCCCACGCCUUCUUGAUCAAGUCCUCCCAGCACUCUCUAGCAGCUCGCAUGCCGUGAAGGAGACUGCAACUCGAGUCAAUACCUCGCUGCUGCAAUAUAUCUUCAGUUUAACUCUAUCUGAAGAUGCAUCAGACGAUUCCCGACAUACUACGACCUCCAAACUACCACAGACAACUACGAAAGAGUUUGCUGAACGAAGAGCCUCUACGCCAAGCAGUAGGACUGAUGCACCGGCCACUGAUUCCAAGAGAGCUUCGCCCCGGGAUAGCAUCAUGUCCGCUGCCCCAGUACCAACUCCGGAACUCGACUAUGGCUCGGCUGUUAGCUCUCUCACUCUUCAGUUUUUGAAUGAAAACGAAACCACCAGAAUAGGUGCCCUUUCAUGGCUCCUAAUGCUACAUCGCAAAGCCCCGAAGAAAGUUUCCGCAUUCAAUGAUGGAAUCUUCCCCGUGCUUCUCAAGACAUUGUCUGAUUCAUCGGAGGCUGUUGUUACGAAGGAUCUUCAGCUUCUGUCUCAAAUUUCGAGGAACAGCGAGGAUGGGUACUUCAAAGCAUUCAUGGUGAGCUUACUGCAGUUAUUUUCGACGGACAGAAACCUGCUUGAGGUCCGCGGAAACCUUAUUAUUAGACAAUUGUGCCUGAAUUUAAGUCCUGAACGUAUAUACCGGACUCUUGCGGACUGUCUUGAGAAGGAAGAUGACAUCGAGUUUGCUAGCAUCAUGGUGCAGAACCUUAACAAUAACCUCAUUACGGCGCCGGAGUUAUCAGAAUUAAGAAAACGACUGCGGAACCUAGACUCCAAGGACGGCCAAACAUUCUUUGUAACCCUUUUCAGGUCCUGGUGCCACAAUGCUGUCUCAACCUUUUCGCUCUGUUUGCUGGCACAGGCUUAUGAACAGGCUUACAAUCUUCUCCAGGUCUUUGCCGAGCUUGAAAUGACGGUCAAUAUGCUAAUCCAAAUCGAUAAACUGGUCCAGCUACUGGAGUCUCCGGUGUUUACCUACCUCCGCCUCCAGCUGCUUGAACCGGAACGAUACCCAUAUCUAUACAAAUGCCUAUACGGUGUUCUAAUGCUUCUCCCCCAAAGUUCCGCCUUUGCUGCUCUCAAAAACCGCCUUAACAGCGUUAGCAACAUCGGCCUCCUCCACACAGGACCUCGCCUGUCCUCCAUGGCAUCGGCAUCCACCCCAGGCACAUCAAGCUACGACCGCAGCAGCACGCGCCUCAAACAGCGUGAUGAAAACUCCAUCCGCUGGGUCGAGCUCCUCGACAAAUUCAAGUCCGUGCAGGAAAAGACCCGCUCGACACAACGGCACUCACAGCGUCCCUUUGACACCGAUGCACCCUCGUCCUUCCAACAACGCGCCUCCCUCUCGUCUGCACUCACUGGUGCGGAUCCGAUGCGUAGAGAUAAGAGUCUCCCCGAUACCCCGCGCGCUGGCUUCGGUGCCGUUGGCGGCCGCGCAUCACCCGCUGAUGGGGCUGGCGGUGCUGGUGGCAGUGCGAAGGGAGGAGGGAUUCUUGGUACGCAGAGGCAGAAAUCUGGCUUGACGAAUUUGGGACGGCUGAGGAUUGGCGGCGGGAAGAGUAAGCGCUGA